CCUCCUCCUUCGUGGACCCAGUGUUUUCCACGCAGUGUGUUCUGGGCUCCAGCUGCCCCUCCUCACACUGUGCGCGGUUCCACUGGUGAAGACAUGUCAUUAGUGGAGCGGAUCUGCAGCGGACACUAGUGCUUCUGUUCUGCACACCAACAUGAAUGAGAUCAAGAUCGCCGUGUUGGGCAGCGAUGGGGUCGGGAAAUCAGCUCUGAUCGUCCGGUUUCUGACCAGGAGGUUCAUUGGCGAGUACGCAUCCACUACAGAGUGCAUCUACAGGAAGCGUCUGUCUGUGGAUGGCAGACACAUCAACCUGGAGCUCUAUGACCCCUGCACUCAGUCGUGUGAGGGGAAGUCCACAUUAAAUGACCAGAUCCACUGGGCUGACGGUUUCAUUGUGGUCUAUGACAUCAGCGACCGCUCCUCCUUCCUCACUGCCAAAGCCAUACUGCACUUAAUCAGAGAACUCCACAUGGGAGCUGCCAAAAGGGACCUGGACUCGCUGGUGUUUCUGGUGGGUAACAAACAGGACCUGUGCCACAUCAGAGAGGUUCGGCGUGAAGAAGCUCAGUGUGUGGCCUCAGAGUUUCGCUGCCAGUUCUAUGAGCUGUCAGCUGCUGAACACUACCAAGAGGUGGCGCUGAUAUUCUCCAAGAUGGUGCACAAUGUCAGCCUAGGCAGCAAGGCCAAGGAGCGCAGACGGCGGCCCAGCGGCUCCAAGUCCAUGGCCAAACUAAUCAACAAUGUCUUUGGCAAAAGGAGGAAAUCUGUGUGAACUGCUGUCAGUCUGGACUGUGAUGUACACCCAUUGCUCAGCUUUGUAUUUUUUUAUUGUGUUUGGCGUGGCUAGCAGUUAGCACCGUUGUGAUGCCUCUGUGUUUGAAGAGAUGUUAUUAUGAUAAUUCGCAGCACUCACCCACUGAACCAGUUGCUGCUUUUUUUCCCAGUAAAUCAUUGUUCUGCACUUGGAGAGCAUUGGAAACAUCUCAUGAGAGACUCGUCCUGCUUCAGAAAAAGCUCUGAACAUAAAAAAAUAGAGGGUUGCGCCCUUUUAUGUGGACAAACAGAUAAGUCUACAUUGUACCGAUUGACAUAAGUCUGUCUGAUGUGACUUGGGGAUUUGUCUUUAAUGUGUACUGAGUUUGUGUACCUGGGAUAUUAUUGUCCUAUCUGUGACAAAAUAAAACUGAGACUCUAACACCAGUGA